AUGACGAACUACGAAGAGGAGCAGGCGUUGGAGCUUGAAGCUCUCCAAUCUAUAUUUGUACACGAAGGCGAGCUUGAGCUUAUCGACGAGAAGCAAUUUUGCUUACAUGUUCUUCCGCAUCCGGAUGAAGAAGGGGAAAAUCAUGUGGAGUGCACAAUACAUGUCAGGUAUAAUCGGAAUUGAGUAGGUUUUAUUUUCCGUAUUGGACGGUCAUGGUCAUGUUGCAUAAGCAUACUUGAUGAGCUUGUGUUGCACUGGGUUUUGGGCGAGAUAGAUCACGAAGCAGCUUUUUCUUGACGACCUGCGUGCUACAACAACGUCGAUCUUAGAAUUACUAGUCCAGUAGCUAUCUGCUCGUAUGGUCAUUUUUGCGACCAAAUAUAAAUCAGGUAUCCCGAUACCUAUCCGGAUGUCUCAGCUGACGUGAAAAUAAAAGAGAGUAAGGGUCUUUCACAAGAGAAACUGCAGGCUCUGAAAUUUCUCAUAGCGACAAGCAUGGAAGAUAAUGCCUGCAUGCCUAUGAUAUAUCCUGUUGCCGAAGAAAUACAAAACUACCUGCGAAAUAACAAUGUGAAGGAGCUCACAAUGCACGAAGAGAUGCUGCUUAGAGAAAAAGCAAAGAACGGGGACGCGGACGGCGACGAAAACGGCGACGAUGCAGGUUCGACCACUGAUAAUAUGACGCAAGUUCUGGAUUUAAAGCUUUUGGUGCAGAUAAUUGCUUAGUUCUCCACUUCUCUUCAUCCUCUGGAUUUAAUCUACUGAGUUUUCUUUUCAUCUCGUUGGACACCGACACUGACUAUUCGUUUUGAUUCUCUCUUGUUUAACAGAUUCCGACGACGAGGGCGCCGCGCCGCAGGAAGAAGAAUGGCGAGGCUUGGACAUAAAGGAGCUGGUGCCAGAGUCCGAGAGGAUUACGCCGCAAUCUUUUGCAGCAUGGCGAGAGAAUUUCCUUAAAGAAACGGCGCAUUUGAGUUCUGGACCUAAGCUCCUUUCCGCAGUAACCGGAAAGAUGUACUUCCAGAAGCUGGACCAAGCAGAAAUAGCAGCGGAUGAGGAAAAAGAAGACGCGAACUUCGUCGACGAUGUUCUUGAAGUAGAACUGGACGACGAUCCAGAAGACCUCUCACCGCGCAACGGAAGCUGACGCGAGGACAUGGACUCGGAGUAGUCUACUGAAGAUUGAAAUCUUGUACUCACAUCAAAUGUAAUGAUUCCCACCGACCUACAACUUCGAUAUCAAACGAGAUGUAUUAAACGCGCCCAUUCGCAAGCCCCUGGCGUCUGACAUGCACUCUCCUGAACCUAAGUUUUUUUAAUUGCCAAAUUUGCUUUCGGACAAAGGCCUUCUGAGGGCAAAGAACUUGAGCGCACGCGUGCGUUGCGCGAGAAUGCGCGUCGUGGCGCUGUGAUGGUUUCGUGGGAAGUUGCUUGAUUAUCCGUGAUGGUUUUGGCGAGUUGUAGAAGCCCUAAGCGAUGUACCUCCAAAUUUGAGGUCAGCUUUCCUUUCUCACUCUGUUGAGGUGUGAAAUCGGCAUCGUUAAAGAAAGUGUAGGAAAAAAUAGGAAAAAGUGAUUUGUUUCGAGAUGAACUAUGAAAAUAGAAGAAGGAC